UUUACUGUAGGAUUAGCAAGUGAGCAACAGGCGUACGAAGUUGAAGUGAAAGCUCAUUGUCACAAGUCUCAAGGCUCCGUACCCCCGCCCCCCAACCGCUACUUCUACGCCCCAUUUGUGCGAGGUUAGCUCAGCCAAGUGAAAAUGAAAGCGAAAGCUCCGAGAAGCCGCUCCUGCACGCGCCACACUCACCUCGACAGUAGUCCUCGACACCGACGACAUGUCUAAAACGGCAAUGCUCAAAGUCUCCAGGGACAACCGGCAGAAGGUUGAUUCCUAUUGUAAAAAUCUUUGUCAACAGGCAGAGGACCUUUUUUCUACAUUUAUACCUCAAAAAAUAACUCAACUUGACAAUUUUCUAAAGGAAGAAGAUGUAAAUGUUCAGGACUUGACUAGCAUUCAUGCACCGCUGGAUAUUCCUAUUCCUGACCCACCUAAAGAAGAUGAGGACAUGGAGACAGACAAGGAUGAUGAUAAAGAAAAGAAAAAAGAAGCUCCUAAAUGUGGUUUCAUAAAAGGAAAUGAGAAAAUUUUGGCUCUUUUGAAUCGGGUUAAACCAGAAGUUUGGACCUUGAAGGAGACAUGCAUUCUGGUUACCACCUGGAUUCAGCACAUGAUUCCAAAAAUUGAAGAUGGAAAUGAUUUUGGAGUUGCUAUCCAGGAGAAGAUACUUGAACGCAUAACUGCAGUGAAGACUAAAGUGGAGGGCUUCCAGACUAACAUCUCCAAGUAUUUCUCAGAACGAGGAGAUGCAGUUGCCAAAGCAUCCAAGGAAACACAUGUGAUGGAUUAUCGUGCACUGGUGCAUGAGAAGGAUGAGGCAGCAUAUGCAGACAUACGUAUUAUGCUGAUGGAUAUCCGAGGCUUCUACGCUGAGCUCUAUGACAUUAUCAGUAAAAAUCAAGACAAAGUUACUAAUCCUAAAGGUGAAGAGAAGCCGUCUAUGUACUAAACAGCUAUGAGACUGCAUGCUUUACCAUCUUCAACACAACACCACAGGCUCAAGAAAAACUUUAAGAAAAUAACCUGCAGUGCUUCUGCUUUUUCUCCCAAACCAAUCAUCAUUUUCAACAAGAAUCUCUGCUUUGUUUGCUUGCUAAAUAGAAAUUAAAUUGAAAUUUUAAAACUA